UAUCAGGUCACUGUCAAAGGUUCUCUUUUGUCUUAUGAGCCAAAUACACAAUCAUUUCCUUAUGCUGUUUUAUUAAGUAACAUGUUCAUCGCUUAUGUUUGGUCUGAGAUGUUUUAAUAGUUUACUGUUUGUUGUUUUGUGUGUUGUAGAUCAACAUGCCAGAGGCACAUGUAGAAAAUGUGGCUUCUUCAAGAAAGAAUGUGAUGAUGCAGUAAAGGUUUGCUGCUGCCACGAGACCAGAGUGGAGUUCAUUGAUCCUCCGCUGCUGCCGGACACGUAUGUCCCAGUUGUCUCUGAUCUCCAGCAAACUCCUGACCGAGAACAGAUCAGUUCUCAGCCGUCUUGUGUCAGUGGUUCCUCUGCGCUGUCAGAUUCUUCAGGAGAAGGCACAGAGCCACAAGGUGAGAAGAAAUAAACCUGGAUAAUUAUGUUGAUAGAGGAUCAUUUGCUUUUUCAAUGUUCUCUGUGCCUCAGUCUGAAGAGCUAAAUACAUGAUAUGAUGAUGACACUAUGCAAAAGAUUGUGUCGUGUAAUGGCUGUGAUGCCACACUGAACAGAAAACCCUGUUGCUUCUGAGAAUCUGCAGUCCUGCUUAAAGGUUGUGUUAAGAUUGAGGUAGAGAAAGAAAAAUGGAGAGAAAUGAGAGAGAGCGAGAGAGAGAGAGAGAGCACAUAAUACAUAGCCCUCUCUUUUAGUUCUCUUAGGGUCAUAAACAAACAAAUAAACUUGCUGUUCUCAUUGUUUCUGAAGGGGAGGGGUUAACUGCCAAAAUAACAAACAAAACAAAAGCUAUCUUCCUGCCUAUUAGUGUCUUAAAACAAUAUAACUAUGCUGCAUACCCCAAAAGAAAAACAAUAUGCUAUCUCCCUUACUAUUCAAAACGAAUAUAUAAUUGUAAAACAAAAUGGCACCCCUUGUCUUGACUUUGUGUUAGGCAUCUAUGGAAUUUUCAUCAUACUCUUCACAUUUUUCCAUUGCAGUGACCAUAGUUAACAUAAAUGCCUCUGGGUCAUUUCGCACAUUUAACUUUGCAUGCACUGACAUUUGUUUUGCUGUAGCUCUAACCAAUAAAGAUCUUAUCAUAGGGAUAACACAACAAAGUAAUAUUGCAGAAAUCAUUAGAAGAGCAACAAUUAUCAUUCCCACUUGAGUUAGCCAUUCUCUCCAGGACCCAAACAUUGACUCAAACCAUGUUCCAAAUGCCCUAUCAGUUCCAGCAUUGGCCGUUCAUCCCUUAGAUUUUUCAGUUUUUCCAUAGCAUGAGUGAAAGACCCAUCAGGGGAAGUAUUAUUAGGAAUGUAUGUACAACAAUCUUCUCCAAACAUUACACAAAGCCCUCCUUUUUCAGCUAAUAACCAGUUUAGGGCUUGUCUAUUUUGCCAGGCCAUUUUACUUGUUGGGGCUAAUUGUUCUCCAAGAGCUUCAAGUCCAUAAGUUGUAAAUGUAAUACAUCUCUGCUCAUUGUAAUACAGACGGUUAAUCCAAUUCUGUGUUCUUAUUUGGGGUUAUCCACACAAGGAUAUAUUCAAAUCCAGAUUUAACCUCAUCUCUUGCUUUGAAUUGGUGCAAAAUAUUACUAGGCUGACCAAUGGCAUCCAAAUAAACAUUUGGGUCACUUUGGUAGGCUCUUUUCAUUAUAUUAUGUUUGGGCUUGCUUUCUAAAUGUUCAUUUGGGUCCCAAGUAAUGAUAGUGACAUCUUGUAUUAGUUUUACUCUUGCACAUAAACCUAGCCAUUUUUCUGGCAAUGUUGACCUUAGUUUGCUUCCUCCACAUAACCAGAAAUAGUCUGCAAUAGCAUUUGCUUGGGUUUGGUAAGAUUCAAUUAAUGGCCAUCCUGUUGUCAUAUUUUGGCAGUUUUCUUGACCUAUCACUGUGAAGUUAUCUGUGAAUGUGGCUGAAGCAAACUUAUUACUACAAUGUCUUUUAAUACUCUUCUAACCACGCAUGCUAUUAUCCAAAUGCCAAAUAGUUAUACAAUUCCCUUCAAACACUCCCACAUUAUUUCCACCUUCUUUGUACCAUUAAAGCAUUCAUAUUGUAAUGUGUAAUCUAUGUCAUAAACAGCUGGAACUUCAAUUAUGUUUGCUGGCAGGUUUACAUCAAUGUCCAUACAUUCCUCUCCCUAUAAUGGGUGAGUAUAGUAUACUUCCCUGUUUUCACGUCCUGCCAGGGCUAAGCAUUCUGCAUGGCAAAAAGGAACAGCAUUUCUCUUCGUAUUACACUGUUUUGUGUAAUGUCCAGUACAGUGUCUAUAGUCAUAUGGGUUUGGCACAACGAUGAGUUUGCUCAAUGGUAAGGGGGUGCAAAACACACAACUGUCCAUGUAUGACUGAUCCACUGUAAAACGUGCCCACCUAUACCACUCAUUGUGAAUGGCAAUGUCCCAAAGUCUCUCAUACUGUGGUAGUUCAUCACAAGUUGAAGUCUGGGGGUGACCAACUGAGGUCUGACACAUCGUUUGUUGGGAAGUCUUCUGCCAGUAGUUGUUCAAGGGAUAAUUCUGGGCUGGGUACCCCUGGGUCUGUGGUAUGGUCUUAACCAAGCUCAUCAGUAGCAACAUCGUGAUCAGAAUGUCCUGUAUCUCCCUCCCGACUUGGGCCUGGCCGUAAUUCCCUGUCGCUUGUCUGGGUCAGAAUGGUGUCUGGUUCCUGUCUAUGGUUGCUAUCUCGAGUUGCACUAUGUUCUCCAUGUAUGUCAGGAUCGUAUAUAAAUGUUUGCUGACCCCUCCCGGUAGGAUCUCUGUCUGUCUGUGUAUUAUCGCCUGCAGUUAUAUUUGUAAUUUCACCCCAAUGAAACUAAACACAAACAUGACUAGACCAUCACAUGAAUUGGCAACAUAAUAUACAGUAUAUAGAGCCAUAUCACACGACUGCUUGAGCGACAUUGCAUUACUAUGUUCUUUGUGUCUGUGCGUUUUCAGAAAUAUUUGAUUCCGUCUCUGAAAAGAUGUUUUUUUUAGGAAGCGGUUCCUUCAGCAAGGUCUUCAUGGCAAUCCACAAAUCUGAUGGCCAAGAGGUAGCAGCACCCUUUUACAGAAUUGAGCAACAUUUUACUCCUUAUGUGCCUAAAGGUUCAUGUUCAAAUCUUGACAAGACAUGUACGCAUUUAACAGACUGCAGAUUGUCAUAUAAUCAUCUUUGUAUAAUCAUUGUGUUUUUUCAUUUACAGGUUGCUGUCAAAUCCCUACAAAGGCUUAAAAACGACAUUACUAUUAGUGUUGUAAGUUGAUUAAUACAUUUAUAUGUAGUUAUUUAAUUGUAUAUGGUACAAUAUAAUUAAUAUGAAUAACAAAAUAGACAUGAAAUAGACAACAUUGCCUGAGUCCCCACAGAGUUUUGAGCAGGUCUCGCUCAUGUGAUCGUAUCUACAUAGAUCAAAUGUUAUUGAAUAUAACAAUAUUUGUUCUUUAAAUCUAAAGAGUUAACCAUAGCUAAGUAACCCUUUCUUAUACUACUUUUCUAUACUCUAGGCUGGCUAUACGAAACCAGUGAUGACUGAUGUGGCAAUGUUGAUUAAGCUUCAACAACCUCCCACAAGUCCUUACGUCAUUCGGAUGUUUGAGUGGUUUGACUACCGUGACCACAUAAAAAUUGUUAUGGAAUAUCCUGCUCCCUGCUUGGAACUGAUAACAUUGAUUAGUCGUCAAGCACUGAACGAACAAAGAGUCAGAGUCAUCAUGCGUCAGGCAGUACAAGCUGUGAACCACUGCCUUGACCACGGCGUCUUUCAUAACGACAUCCACACAGGCAACAUCCUGGUCAACACCAGAACCUUCAACAUCAAGUUAAUAGACUUCGGCUGUGCUUUGGAAUACACGGGCAAACCCUACCCCAACCAUAAAUAUAGAGGAGCAUAUGAUUACUGGCCACCUGAGGUCAAAGGCAAGGCAGCGUUUGAGGGCAAAACGACAAAUGUUUAUCAUCUAGGGAAGCUCCUGCAAAAAAUGUUUCCUGGGUGUAGGCCAGGAGUAAGCCAAGGUGAGUCAAGUGACAAGAAUACUGUAACGCACAGCUGAGCGCACACAGAAAGUGCCUAUUAUUAGGGUUCGAGAGCGAAUCUCUAGAAACCUAUUGUAUUUGUUAAGAUUUUUAUUAUUAUUAUUCUGCCGUAAAACUGAUACUGCAGCCCAAACCGUAAGUCGUAGAGACUUGAGACUUGGUCAGAUGGUAGCCCUCAAUUUGGGGAGAGGCUAUCAAAUUUU